ACUGAGGGCUCGCACCGCGCUCCGCGGCGGAGGGGAAGCCGCGGCGGCCGCGGCUGCAGCGGCAGAGGCAGAAAUGGACUCGCAGUGCGACUGUGUGGAGCCCCCGGCCGCCGAGCAGCCGUCGGGGAGGAUUAACAAAACCGCUUUCAAGCUUUUCAGGAGGAGGAAGUCCGGGGGAACCAUGCCGAGCAUCUUCGGGGUGCGGAGCAGAGGAGGGGAGGGUAAGGGCGCCGGCAAGCCGGGGAUGGUGCGGAGCCGGACGCACGACGGCUUGGCCGACGCCGUGCUGGAGAGCAGCAAGAAGGAGGAACCGGGCGGCGGCGAGGCGCCGAGCCGCGAGGCGCAGGAGCGGCCGGCCGGCAGCCCCGGCGGCCCCGUGGCCAAGUCGCACAGCUUCUUCUCGCUGCUGAGGAAGAACGGCAGGCAGGCGGAGGGCGCGGAGCCGCGGGCCGGCGGCAGACAAAAGAAGGGGCUGAAGGGGAUCUUCAGCAGCAUGCGGUGGCACAAAAAGGACAAAAUCGGCAAGGAGGAGAGGGGGGAAAGCUCGGACAUCCCGUCCGGCCUUAUCAUGCCGGGCUCCCUGACCGCCAGCCUGGAGUGCAUCAAGGAGGAGACGCCGAAACCUUUGUCUGAGAGCCCGAGCGGCGCGGCAGACGCCGGGCCGGAGCCGCCGCGGGAGAAGCGCAGCGGCGAGGCGCCCGCCGCGGCCCAGGAGCCCCAGGCGGGCGGCGCGGAGCCGCGGGCCAGCAGCCCCCCGCGCCGGGAGGAGCCGCCCGCCGCCGCCGUGCGGCCACCCGAGGAGCUCAGCGGCGAGCGACCCGAGCCGGCCGCCGGAGAGGUUGGGACUGCGAAGGAUGCGGCGAUAACAGGCUGCGGAGAUAUUAUUGCGGACCAUGAGGAGGAUGUGGGCGGCGGGAGUGGCGUCUGCGAGAAGAGCACCCCCGGGCCCAGCAAGCUGGGGGCCACCAAGAAGCACCCCACCAUGGUGGCCUACCAGGGAGGAGGGGAGGAGAUGGCCAGCCCCGACCAGGUGGAUGACACCUGCCUGCAGGAGUUCUGGGAUAUGCUGUCACAGACGGACGAGACUAAGACGCAAGGAGGAGGAAGCGGAGGAGGGACAAAGAAGCCCGAGGGGUUGAAGGAAAGCCGAGGUACCGAGGGGGCCCAGAAUAGGGUGGUGGUGAAACGCGGUGGUCUCCACCAGAUUGCCAUUCACCUGAACCACAAAGAGGAGCAGAAGAGCAGGGAAAAGGAGCAGCACGAGGGUGUCCCAAACAGCGAUGAGGGCUACUGGGAUUCCACCACGCCUGGUCCCGAGGAAGAUAGUUCCACAAGCAUCCAGAAGGAAACCCUUCCCAGGGAUAGCUACAGUGGGGAUGCUCUAUAUGACCUGUAUGCCGAGCCGGAUGAGAACCCACCAGCAGGGCCCACACACGAGGAAGUCCCCAGUGUGCCACGCUCCAAGCCCGUGUCUCCCAUAACGACCGUGAGCUCGCUGAAAACACCCUCCAGCGCCGCCAAGGACUCCAAGAUACCCAUCAGCAUUAAACACCUUUCCUCGUCACAGUCACAUCCUGCCAGCCACGGAGCAGACGCCAGUAACAGCCAUCACGUCGCACACCAUCACCUGGCCAAAAGCGAGAUGCACAGAACAAAAAUCCCCGUCUCCAAAGUCCUGGUACGCCGAGUCAGUAACAGGGGCGCAGCCGGGUCAGUAACGGGGACAACAGUGAAAACUGCCACGUACCAGGACAGUGCCAAAAAGUAGUUGGGUAAGAAGUGGAGGCAAAGGCAGAGAACGAAGUCCAUGUGGGAAAGUCUGCUUAGGAGACCACAGAUAAUGAAUUAGUUUUGCAUCACCUGAAGAAAGUCACCUAAAAGGCUUCCUUCACUGUACUCUGUGGGCCUGCACUUCUGAGUCUCUUCUUACUAGACUGUGUGGCUGAAUACAAAAAGUCAACUUCUUUUUGAGCACUUUUUUUACAUUUGUAUCUUUUUUCUGCAACUAAACACUGGGGAGGUUCAUUUUUACAUGCCUUUCUGGAAGCAGGACUUGGAUUAUGACCAUCCUUCCUCGUGCAAAGCAGUGUCAUGAGUUCUUCAAGGGAACAGAGCUACAAAAGGAGCGACAUGAGAGGUUCUCCUCCUAUACAUUUAUCUUCUAAUCGUUUCUCGGGGAGGAGUAGAGGCUGGGUGCCUGGCUGGCUCUGGAAAUGAUGUUUGCUCCACAAGAUGUUGGAAAAAAUGCCAAGCAGAAAACAACCCACCUAACAGGUAUUUUGCCUGCUGUAAGAACGAGAACACUGCUCAGCAGCAGACUUGAUUGACUUGUGUGCAGGAGAUAAAACUGAGUUAGGUGGACUCGUCUAACAGGAAAACAGAUUUUCGUUUGUCUGUCUGUCUGGUUGGUUUUGAUCUGGUCUAAUGUAAAUGGGUAACAGAGACACCUGACGUAGGUUCAGAUGUUUACAUCAAUACUUGUCCGAUAAUGCAUACAAUCAGGUUCAGGGAAACAUUUUACUAAAUGCCAAUAUAUACACACUGUCCACAUUUAUACAAUAACUUGCUCGCCAUGUGUAAAUAUAUACGUGUUUUAGCAGAUUUUUUAUUAAAAAAAUCACCUGUCCUUAUUAUCUAGAGUUUAAGCAAGAGUUAGUUUUUAUAGGUAGAUAAUUUUACAGUUCUAAAAGCAUAGGACUUUGUGUAAGUACCUUAAAUUAGAGAGAACUCUGGUUUGUAUGGGCUCAUGCAUCCCCAGAUAAGUAAGUCUGAAGUGCUGAUUUUAUUACAGUGGCACAUUCCAUGGCUCAGAGCAGAUGUUCUGACAGCACUGCCACUGCAAACCUCUAUUUUCAGGGGUUUAGACAAAAGUUGCUCUGGGCUUAAACCUUACCGAGAAGGAACCCAGCAAAGAAACUUGUUUUUUAAGUAUUAUUUUUUAAAAUAUAUAAAAUUAGUUUUUGACUAUUUAAAAAAAAAGUUUGGGUUCUCAUUGCUUUUUAUUUUUAUUCUCAAUAAUGUCAGAAUAAUUUUAUGUUAAGAGAGAAAAAAAUAUGGUAAGCUAGUGGUACAUUAUUAAAUGGUCUGAUGAGCUUGGAUCUUAGGAAAAAUGUAUUAAUGGCCAUGACAUUUUUGAGUAGUGGCUACUGUACAUGGGCAUUGGCAACAUUUCAAAGAAAUAUAAUAGGGUUUUAAUGUGCCUGAGGACAUAUUUUUAUGAUACACUGAAAAAGCUCUAAAAAUCACUGAAGUCUAAAGGUAAAUGUUAUGUAUUUACAAAAUAUUUUGAUAUAAGUAUUUAAUCAUCAGACCACAGUUAAAUAUAAAAUAUAUGCUCCAGCGUAUCUAAAAAAUAAUAUACAUUUAAAAAAUAUACAUUUCUAUAUUAUGCAGAGAAUCCUAAAUUCACAUCAUUGAAACUAAUGGGUCUGAUCUUACAUAGCAGUUGGUUUUAUUGUCUCUUAAAUCAAAAGGAAAAAAAAAGAGGAAAAUAAAUAUACAGAAUUUACAGUUGAAGGAUAUUAAGGUUGUAGGCAAACCAUAAAAAGCCAGGAAAUACCAUAAUAAGAAUUGUAUAUAUGUAUAUGCAUGAUUUGUGGCUCACUGGGGAAAUGACCUUAGAGUCAUGAAGGUGAAAUUGGCAUCCAGUUUUGAAAUUGCUGCAGAAUUUAAUACCGACUUGCAGCAUCCCAGUGAAAGUGUUAGCUUCCCUGACCAGCCCCUGUUUUCAUGGUUUAAGAACCUUAAUACACUUCAAAGAGGAUUAUUUUAUGUUUUCUUCCUGACAUGUAGGUGUGUGGUUCCCUGUGUGCCCACUCCCACAGACGUGUUGUACAUAUGCAUGUGCAGCGAGGGCACAGCCCCGGGCAGGGUCCCUGUGCACACUCACACUCACAGCCUGGGGGCUGUGCUCCACAUCUGCCUCCAAACACGCUGGCCAUGGCUUCCUUUGCCUGAGAAAGGGAUUUGCAUUUGGUCUGACUCUACUCAUGCAUUUUAGAAAGUCAAAGCUGAAACACCCUCUAAAGGAUGUGUGUACAGAACACAGAAUAUUAUCCUGCUCCUCAGCCCUAAACAUUCCUUUUCCCGUUCUUUUGGUUUUGUUUGACUGUGAGGGAUGCAUCUUUCCUUGCAUGACAACUCUGCAGAAAAAUCAUAAUUCCCCAUUUUGUUCUAAGGACAAAUUGUGCUCAGAGAUUCUAUAGGGUACUGGAAGUUGAGAGGGAGGGAGGAUGUGGUGGUAGUACCAUAAAAACUGGAAGCACUGAGUACAGGUAGUAGGAGUGGUGCAUCUUUAAACCCACUAGGAGAUACCAGCUGCCAUCUCUACAGGACUUGUGUGUGUCAAAUUAUUCAUCAUAUGUGUUUUGUUUGCAUUGUGGCAUGUCUGUAUUGAAAAACCAUCAGUGUGACACUAGACUAACUCCCUCUCACGUAACCACUAACACGAAUCAUCAUUAAAAUGCUUUGGCUUCCCUUCAUUCUUCUCUCUCCUCCUUUGUUUUCUGCCACGUUUUUCCCUCCAUCCUCUGCAUGAGGCAGCUUCCUCCUGGGUGCUAACCCUGGGAAUGAGGAGCUCUGGGCUGGCGUGGGGCAUGGGUGGGAAGGCAGCUGCCCAGGCCAAGGUGCUCCACAGCCACUCCCUCAAGCUUUCUGUCACAUACCCCCUCUAAGCACAUUUUGCAAAUCUCUCUGCAGUUUGUUUGGCUGCUUGCUAUGUACAUAUUUUAAGGACAAUCAUAUCCUUAAAAGGAGAAUGGGAAAGUAGCUGGUAGUAGGGCGUCAGUGUUUUGAAUCAUUGCGACAUGCUGACGUUGAUUCAGGGUAAUGGUUGUGUGAGAGUAAAGAUACAAUUUCAUGUUCAAAUUACCUUUGUACUUCUAAAAUUCACUUUUGUCUUUAAGCCAUCUAUGUUUUUUAUUUCGAAAGGUAAUAGAAGAUCUAAUAUUUACCAGGGCUUUCAAUUUUCAUGGAAAUAUAUUUGUAUAACUCCACACAAUGCCUAAAACAAUCAUUGAAAGGAGGUUCAAAGGCUUUCUUUAGACCUAUAUAUAAUUUCUGAAAGAUCCCUGUAAAAUACUGUGAGAUGCCUAAGAACAAACAGUUAAUGGCUUGCUGGAUUUAAAGGCUGAGACAUAAAGAAGUAACAGUCCUGAGGCAUUUUGUGGUAGCUUGCAUUCUUAUUUGUGUUACCCUGUUCAAGCAUAUAUUUUCCUUGGCUUUGGUAGGUAUUGAGGUAGAAAUGGUGUUCUGAGUCCCAAAGAUAACAUUCCCAGUGGUGUCAUUGUUUUGAUUUCCUUAAAGUAUAUUUUUCUUUAUUUGUUUCAUUUGUUAUUUGGUGGUCUGAAUGAUGCUUUGUAAUUAUCAGCUGUAUGUCGUUCAUAAAGGAUUUUAUAGAUCAGGACUUGGUAUUUAGUUAUGUGUACUCUUUGCACUUUCAGGUCCCUACUGGUAAAUUUUGUAUGUUCUUAGAGUUUUUCUAUAUAUUGCAUAGUGUUUUAUAGCUAUCUACAGUGAUUUCAGUGGUAUACACUCCUGUUCUUUAUAUCAGCACAAAAGAUUUCCUUUCAGCAGCAUGAAAUUAAUUUUUUGUGGACUUGUUUUGUCAUGAUAGGAGCUAAGUUUCCAGUACUAAAUGUGUGGCCUGCAACAAACAUAAAAGGUUUUAUUUUCCAUGUAGUGCAUAUGCAUUUUGCUCUUGCCAGUAAUAGGACUCAAACAUUCGUAGUAGAUUUCAGAGGAAAUUCCAUGACUAGAAUAAGAAAAAAAUAUGAUCAGUCUUAUUCCAUCAGUAACCAGCAUUUUCUUCAUCCACUGUGAAUAUCCUCACCACCAUUCAGGGUAGUAGAGGAUUGAAUUUUAAAAAUUACGUGCAUAGAUGUACUCUAUGAAAAUUAAUUCACUGAUUAUUUUUUAACGAAUCUUACAAAAUUAUUUAUAUAAGUGAGUAUUGCACCAAAGUCUUAAAACAUCUGAUACAGAUGGUAUUUUCAGUAAGAUGCUAUAAGUGCAGAUGAGCCAAAUUAACAGGCUUUGCUUAGCAAAGCAAAACCGUGUUGUUUCUUAAAUUUGUAGUACUGACUGAGCUUGCGGAUCAAAGGGAGCCAUUGAUUCUGCUGCGUGGCCAUGCACUGAGGUUUUUCUUUCCCUGCCCUAAUGGACUACUUUCAGAAAAGGCUUUUCAGGAGGAUAAUGGUAUGAAAGGGACAGAUCACAGUAACAAUAACCACUUACAAGACAGAUGGUUAUCCAACAGCCAACACGGGGGAUUCUAGGCAAGCUGGCCUGAAAAUGUAUUUUCAUAGUUACUGAUAUGAAAGGCUGGGGCUUCUGUCUUGAAAAACAAAUUGACACCAACUCGAAGACAAUGCAGAAAUGAAUCUUGGCAGAGUUCACACAUGACAGUUUCUGCAGGGCUUGAUUUUGGUUUUUCAUUUUGUCUUUUCUUCCCCCCACCCCCCUUUGUUUAUGUUUUUAUUAUGGUGACAUAACCCCACGUGUCUGAGCAGAACUGCACAACAAAUGACUCUUCUGAGAUUCAGUGCUAGGAAUACACUGCCAGUUGUCCCCAGUGGCCUGGGAUGGGUUCCUGCUGAACGUCCUUCCACUGAGGGAUGGGAGGGAUGGGAUGAUAGGAUUCCCUUGUCCUGAGUCCACGUGCUGUUUACUGUGAGCAGGAGGUAUCAGUCUGUUUUGCUGUUUGUUUUCAGGGGACAAUUUAUUUUUAAUUUAGCUCAUAGGAAUUUUUUAGUCAUCAUUAGUUCAUACCUUGUCUUCCUUGUGAGCAUCUCGGGUAGGAACAUUCAGCACUGAUUCGGUGUUUCCUAGGUCCAUUUCAUGUAGAGAGAAAUGCAAGAACUUGUCAUAUGCAAAGGAAUAAUAGCUAUAACCACUUGAGCCACAUCAUGGGGGCCUUGAUUCUUGCAAAAGCAGGUUGUUAAAACUCUUCUUCCCUUAGAAGGCUUCUCCACCCAGAACGGUGAGUACUAUUGCCUAGGAUGUUUUGGGGCUUUUUCCUGUAUGUCUCUCAUUUCAGCUCAGCCAUACUGCAGUUGCUUGGGAAACAGAUUUUUGAUCUAGCCUUCCAGCACCAGAAAAGACGAGCUGCUGCCACCCUGCCUCCUCUUCAGGAGGUCUUUGUUUCUACUUCUUGGUCUUGAAAAAAUUAAACUCCCUCAGAUUAAGUGGCAAAGAUAUUUAAAAUGGAGAUGUCUGCUGUGUGAUCUCAUACAUAUGGGUGAGGAUGUUAAGUGAUAUUUUGCAUAGCAUGGAAUACAUUCCUCCACUUUCCUGUUGUGAACAAUUUAGUAAAUGUAGCAAGGAAGCAGGUCACUCUUGAAGGAAAGUCCAGGAGCUGUUUGUUAGGCAGACUGUGCCCAGAUUUUAUCUUUGCUUUCCUUUUUCCUUUCUGCACAUACUUAAAUAAAUAGAGCCAAAGUUGUAGUACAGAGAGGAAAAGGUUAAGCACCUCACAGGGCAAGGAAUUUAAACUGCCAGGCUUAAAGGCUUCUUGUAGCAAUGGCUAAAAGAAGAUUGCUUUGCCUACUUUGACAUCACAUCCAAGCAAUGCUCUGCAAUAAAAGCUAAUCCUGCUAUGGCCACAAAGUUAGGAAACUGGCAUUUGCCAACAGGACAAUCUCCUGCCAGGAUCCAGUUCUGCUGUGGCAAAGCUUCCACUGACUCCAGUAAGAACUGGCAGAGGUCCUUAAUCUCUUAAUCCUACGGAAAUAAGUAUUUCUUAAACAAGUCUUCCUUUUUUUUUUUUUUUUUAAGAUUAACAUUAUUCAGGUGUUUGUGCAGUCUUUUAUAUUUCUGUGGUAGUGUUUUCACUGAUCUGAAUGCAAAACAUGUCUUUCCAUUGUUUUUCAUCCUAACAAGCUGCACUCCAGCACAUAACUCCAGUGCUCAGCAUGUUUAAAUUACAGCUAACACAAUCACUGCCUUCCUUAAUUUAACUCUUGAUGGCAAAACCAGGACCAGCUUCUUUCCAGAGCUCUAAACCCCCCACUUGUUUUGUCAUUGUUCAUGUUUUUGAUAUGGUAACUAAUGAAGCCUCCCUUUAAUUAUUGCAUAGCCACAUUUUAAUGUGUCAUUAGGGAGAAGGUAUGUGGGGACUAAAUGGUAAGAUCUUUAAUAGAUUUUUAUUAUUUUCGAAGAUGUUGCAUCAAAACAGUUGCUAAAUCAGUGUCAGGUUGUUUCCAUGGGCUUUUUAUGCAGAUGCAUUGGAAGCUUUGAACAUAAUGUGCUUGUAAAAGAAAAUUGGUUGUAUCUGCUUUGAAUUAAGGCUGACCUUAAAAUGUAAUUCUUGGUUAAUGGCAGCAGAGGAGAAGGUGUGUCCCAACUCACCUGCAGCCUGUGGAGUGGGGGAGCAAGGCACCCCAAGUCACCAGCAGAAUCUGCUGUGUGACCUCGCCCUGUGGUGCCAGCAGAGGGGUGCAAGGUGGUGCCACGUGGAGGUGUCAGCCCUGGACAGCAGCAGGAAAAGGCAGGGUGAUGGUGCUGGGGUGGGAGGACUGAUAGGGCAUCUGGGAGAUGGGCUGAAAGCAAGGCCUGGACCCCUCGUCCUUGUGGAAAAAGAGUUACACAAAUGCCUAAAAACCCUGUAUCCUUUCUUUCUUGCACUGAUGCUCGGGUUCAUGUGUCACACUGAGAGGAGCCAGUGUGAGCUCGGGUGUGCUGAAGCCAGUGCUCCUGCAGGUGGACUGCUGUGUGACUGCUCUCAUCAACACCUGAGCAGUGCCCAGUGUCUUACUUUCUAAAGGCAGUUUCAGCACAGAAACAUCCACAAACCCCCUGUAGCCCAGCACUGGCCUAUGGCAUAUCACUGCUCUUCCACCCUCAUUUUGCCAGGAAGAUGCAAGGACCCAAGCCCUAGGCAGAGUGGUGAGCUCUGGCUGCACCCUUGGAGCCCAAGGACAAGUGGGGAGGCAGUGUAAGACACCGUGCAGCAGCACUAAGGGCUAAGCAACAUUAUUCUGCUUUUCUAAAGGGGGAGCAAGACUUAAGCUGUUGCUUUUUCGUGAAAUUAAAAUAAAUCCUCUACCAUGGGUGAAAUUUUAACAGCUAGACAAUGACUCAAUGACUUCCACCAGUAUUCUAUCUGAUAUUGGUGGAUCUGUAAGUGCUGUUGGUUUUUAUUGAGUGAAGAUCCCAUAACUUGGCUCCGUCUGAAUUUUCCCUGCUCUGGUGUUGAAGCCUGAUGUUGAGAUCCUGUUGAAAUUGGAGAUGAGGUAUAAAUGUGGGUGAUGGAAAAUACAAUAAACCCAGAAAGUACAACAUGGCUUUAGUCUUUAAUGGCAGCCCAACUCUGCUUAAACAUCAUGGCAUGCCUGAGAACAGGGUAGCAGGGACUGCAUCAGACAAAGCAAUGCUCUCGGUGUUUCCUGCCUGCUGAAGGGGACGUGUGUGUCCUGUUAGAGGUCACUCAGCCUGUUUCUGUAAGAUGUGAUAUAGCUGACAGAUUACAAUAAUUACAGUUAAUUACAAUAUUUCCUUGUAUUAUUGUGUCAGCCACCUCCUGUAAGGUAGCGUACAACCUAUUUGAGAUAAUGAGUGAGUAAUGCCAGAACUCCCCGCUCUUCUCAUCUAAAAGGUUUGGUAAUGAUUUGGUGGGCCUGUGUGCACCAACUUUUUCUUAAAGAAAGCUCACAACAUUCUGGGAGGCUGUUUAUGACAGACUGUUAGACACACUCUGCUCCUUUCCACCUCUAUUUUGAGUACGUGUCUCCUCGAACCACUGUAUUCUUAAUGUAUUUACAACCUAACUGAUAGCAAUAGGUGUCUUUCUUCCCUGGCAGUUCACAAGGAUAUACUAAUCAGUGUUUGUUAUAUUUUUAAUUCUGUAAAUAUUUAUUUUGGUACUCUGUGUAUUUAUUGGCACUGAUUCUGGUGUUUGCUUAUGUGUCAUUGUAAAUGUUGAUGGUUUCAAUAGUCUUGCUUCUAAUGAAUGUAAGGAACUCAGACUAACUGCACUUUUCUUCCAUUCAAAAAUCUUAACAGUGAAAAAUAUUCCCACUGUCAUGUGUUAUAAUGAAAACAGUCAAUAAAAUCAGUUGUCACUUUUCA